UAUAGGUUAACUGUUUAGAUUUUCAUCUGAAAACAAUUAAAUCUACAUUGGUUUAUAUACUAUGCAAAUUGACAAUUCUGUAAAAUCGCUAAAAAUGAAGACUUUCGUAGUCGUUCUCGUUGUGAUGGUUUUUGGACGCUGCGUUCUAAGCGAUUCCGACGAAAGCGCCUACACUGAUGACAAUACAUGCCCAGCUAGUGUACAACUAAACAAGAUACAUCCGAUUUCAAUGAUAGGGUACCUAUCAUGUAUGGACGAACUACCCGACUUGUUGGUACUCUAUGUGAAAUAUUGGAAUUUAGCUUACAAACAAUCGCUUCCCAGUGCUGACUUUAAAACCGCGCAGAAGUAUCAAAGGCAAUUCAACGUGCUCUUCGACUACUAUUUCAACGGCAAUCAGCCUAAUCUCGAUAUCGUCAAAAAAGGAUUGAUGAAUAUGCAAAACAAGUUGUUUCCGGACCAACAAGCCGACCAACUCAAUUGUGGGGACGACCCUGUUUUCACUAUUAGUGAAGAAGGAUGGGGUUUAUGGUAAAAACUACUCACUAUCACCAACUACCGUAAAAUAAUUAAAAAUAUAUUUUCUAAUAACAAUGAUUUAUCUGCAUGUCAUUUUUAAAAAAUAUAUGCUCAACACUUUAUGCUGUA